AUUGGAUUUCGUUUUCUAGAUAGAGGUUCAAUAUUCUUCACCAACUUUCAUUUUUUGGUCAUAGCAUCAUGAUCAACUUGCACGAUUGCAGAAAAGUAAAGCAACUCAUUGGUUAUAAAAUGGGAUUCACAUGUGGAAUUGGCAGCAAUAGCCGUGACUGAAUAACCUUCUUCUACUUACUAGAGCAAAGAUGAAAGUUGUAGUGGUAGAGAGUGAUACCAUUAAACCAUUGUCCCCAACACCACACCAUCUUCGUAAUCUCCAACUCUCCUUUCUUGACCAAAUUGCCACACCAGUUUUCAUGCCUAUGAUCCUUUUUUACCCAAGUGAUAACAAUUCCAUCAAUGCCCACAGAUUGAACAGGCUCAAGAAAUCCCUGUCUGAAACCUUGACAAACUUUUACCCACUUGCCGGUAGGGUUAAAGACAACUCCUUUAUAAACUGUAACGAUGAGGGUGUCUACUAUUUUGAAGCCCAAGCCAAGUGCCAAAUUUCCCAAGUUAUUCAGCAACCUGAACCAGCCCAACUCAAUAAACUACUCCCAUAUGAGCUAGAUAAUGUAGGAGAGUUAGUUUUGGCAAUUCAAGUCAAUGUUUUUGACUGUGGUGGAAUAGCUAUUGGAGUUUGCAUUUCCCACAAGGUUGCUGAUGCAUUAUCUCUAGCGAUGUUUCUUAAUAGUUGGGCUGCUACAGCACGUGGUGUUCGCAAUACAAUCUGUCCACGAUUUGAUUUGGCCACCCUCUUUCCACCUAGAAACAUUUCUGGGUUUAAACCAAGCACUGGAAUCAUGAAGGACAAGAUUGUGACAAAGAGGUUUGUGUUCAACGCCUCCAUGAUUGCAGCUCUUAAAGCUAAAUACACUGACAAUGCGAGCGUGGAGUGCAAAAGGUGCCCCACACGUAUUGAGGCCUUAUCGGCUUUCAUAUGGAGCCGAUUUGUGGCCGCUACCACUCAAGGGAAACUGGACCCAGAGAGGUUGUACACAGUGCUUCAUGCAGUCAAUCUACGCACAAGAAUGGACCCUCCAUUGUCAGAAUGUUACUUCGGAAAUAUUAGCCGAUUUUCUAUAGCCACACCUUGCAUGGACUCGAAAGGGGAGUGUCAUGGCCUCGUGAACCAAAUGAGAGAUGCGAUUAAGACAAUAGAUGGGGAGUAUGUGAAAAAACUACAGGAAGGCAAUGGGCACUUGAAUUUUAUGAAAGAGCGUGCUGAAAAAAUUACAAAAGGAGAUGUGCUUUCAUUUAGCUUUACUAGUCUGUGCAGGUUUCCUCUAUAUGAAACUAAUUUUGGGUGGGGAAAGCCUUUGUGGAUUGGUUCUUGCAGCCUGACCUUCAAAAAUUUAGUUGUUUUCAUGGAUACCGCAUCGGGUAAUGGAAUAGAAGCAUGGGUUAAUUUAAAAGAGGCCGACAUGGCUACCUUUGAAGGUGAUGAAGAGUUACUUGCCUUUGCUACACCAACUCGAUACUAAAAGGAUAGAAUUUGGCUCCAAACUGUUUGAAGGAUGAUACUUCACUCCAAUCUAUUAAAGGGUGAUUUAUAUGACCAUUCACAUAUUUUUAAUACAUAACCUAUCUUGAUAAUUGUAUAUCUAGUGUGGCUAUAGUCCGUACCAAAUGUGACGAUUUGUUUGGAAAUUUAUUUUUCCCCAAAGUGUGGUUCUAAUGUACAAA